GCGCGGCGCAUUGAGUUCUAGCCACAGAUUACUAAUUAGUUACCUCUAGCGCGGUGAGCAUUUGCUUUCAAGCAAUGUGCCUACCUACCUAAUUUAAUUUGAAAUAAAAAGUUUUGUCCAAGUCAAAGUUGUAGGUACCUACGUGAUAAUUAAUACUCAGUUUGGGAAGGAAGUGUUUGUCGAAAUUUGUUAUUUUGAAUACAUACAUAACCUAAAAUGCCCAAGACAGGAGCCACUAGGCAUCAAAAGUUUCUAAAAUCAGAAAGAAGCAAAAUAAAGUUGAAGUCCAAAAAAGAUUUACCGAAGGGUACAAAUGUCACAAAAACAAAUUUCAAGGUUAAGAAAAUCAUAAUCAAAGAACAGUUGAAAAAGCAUGGCCUAUCUGAAGCUUUAUCUACCAGAAAACUUAAUAUCAAAGAACUUCUUUCUCGUCUUAACCAUUUUAACACCAAUUCUCGGACUGAUGCUUUGGAUGGAUUAAAGGAGUUGGUAACUGCACAUCCAGAAGUACUUGAUCAAAAUCUUGGUCAGCUUAUAUUAGGAGUAACCCCACUGGUUUUAAAUAUUGAAAAAGUGGUCAGACAUGAAUCUUUGAAAGUUCUUCAUACAAUAUUGUCCAAUAUUAACAUGGAGAAAAUAGAGCCAUUCUUUGAUAUUAUGUCAACAUACCUCAGAAGUGCUAUGACCCAUAUAGAUAACAGGAUACAGGAAGAUUCAUUAUUGUUCCUAGACUUACUACUUCAGUGUACAUCACAGAAAGUAGCCGAAGACUUCCACAAAAUCUUACCAAAUUUCCUAGAUAUGAUAUCAAAAUUACGAGUAGAUUCCAAGCCUGGAAGAACAUUGACUGUCAAUUUGGGAAGCCAGAUUACAAGUGUCAAGUGGAGAGUAAAAGUCUUACAUCGUUUGAAAGAUUACCUACAAAAAUUUAUAGACCAUAAUGAGAUUGGAAACAAAGUAACUCAAAUAGAUACUAUCAAAACCUUUGAUGAAAGCAAGCAUAAUAUUUUUUCUCUAUUCAAACCCAAUUAUACAUCUGUUUGCUAUAUUUCUUCCUUUUCAGCAAAACAUUCUCAAGAUGUUCUUAUUGUUGAUGAAGCAGAGAAGUUCAAAGAAUAUAUUGACACACUAAUACCUCUACUCUUUGAAACUUGGUUAGAAGUUUGUCCAAAAGCAAAUUCGGAAAAAAAUAUAGAAACAGUGAUCAGUGAAGAUGCUGCUUCUUUAUUAAAACACACUUUGAAUGUGUUCUCAUUGAUUUUUAAACUUGUGCUAUAUCAAAAUAAGAAAAAUCCCAGUUCCAAAUUUGAGAAUUACUUUAUCCAAAAGUAUAAGUCACAAUUUAACCAAAGUUUUAUGGAGGCAUUUCCUUAUGUAACAAAUUUGAGAUCUAAACAAAAGAAAGUUAAUAAUCUGCCAUUUGAAGAUGAAGUUAUUGAUCCAAAACUAGUAGCGCAGAAUCUGGAAAUUAGCUAUUUAUUUAUUGUACUAAAUCCAAAUAUUCAUUUAAAAAACCAAAAUAGUGAAAUUUGUGCAACACUUAAUUAUAUUGAAAAGACUUUUUGUCAAAGAUCUAAUGAUUCAGUACAGAAUUAUGUUAUUAUGAUUUUAGAAACAAUAUUUACCCAAGAUAAUGGCUGGACUAAAAAUUCAUCUAUUUUAGAAGUAAUGUUCUGUAAAUUGAUAGAAACUUACUUUAAUCAAAACAUAUCUAAUAAUUUCAAACAGAAAAUUUUCACUUUGCUAUGCAAAAUAGCUUUAAAUGAAAAAUUGAGUCAUUUUCAUUCCUGUAAUUCCUUUGAAACAUGGUUGAAAAACUUACCCGACAUUUUAUUGGACGAAUCUAUAACUGUCCAGACAAUUGACAUUAUUCAUUUGUUUUCAAUACGCAAUAAUAAAAUAUUUAAUGCAGUCAUCAAGUCCAAUUUGGUUAAAGUUAUUGAGAAUUUGCCUUCGAUUAAGGUAUCUGAUUACAAUAGUGAUACCACUAGCUACCACAAACUGUUUUCGAUACUGUAUUGGAUUAGAUGUUGGGACGAUGUGUCACUUACUUUACUAGAAAAACAAUUGCUAGAUAAUAAGUACAAAAGUGACUAUGGCAAAUAUAUUUUCGACACUUUAAGAUUAAGAACAGGUGGUAUUCUGUAGUUGUAUUGUUUAUGCAAAUAAAAGUAAUGUUUUAUUCAAA